UUCUUUCUUUAGUUCGAACUUCGAAGAGUGGACUAGUCUUUUAAACAUUUGACUUUUUUAGCAACCAAAAUUGGAGAGAAAAAAUGGCGGAAGAAGCAGGACAUUCCCAGAGAAAUGAUACGGUGCGACGAAGAGUAGGGUUAGUCUACGAUGAACGAAUGUGCAACCAUACUACUCCUGAUGGUGAUGAUCAUCCUGAAUGUCCUGAUCGAAUUAGGGUUAUUUGGAACAAACUUCGUUAUUCCGGUCUCACUGAAAGGUGUGUUGUUUUGGAUGCUAAGGAAGCAGAGGAUAAAUACAUACAAUCUGUUCACUCCAAAACCCAUGUUGACCUGAUCCGCAAUAUAAGCUCCAAGCAGUUUGAUUCUCGCAGAGAUAGGAUCGCUUCGAAAUAUAAUUCUAUUUAUCUUAACAAAGGUUCAUCAGAAGCAGCUUAUUUAGCUGCAGGGUCUGUUAUAGAGGCGGCAGAGAAAGUAGCCAAAGGGGAGCUUGAUUCUGCUUUUGCAAUUGUGAGGCCUCCUGGCCAUCAUGCCGAGGAAAAUGAGCCCAUGGGUUUUUGUAUGUUCAAUAAUGUGGCUGUUGCAGCUAGUUAUCUGCUGAAUGAAAGAGCAGAAUUGGGAAUUCACAGAAUUUUGAUUGUUGAUUGGGAUGUUCAUCAUGGCAAUGCCACUCAGAAAAUGUUUUGGAAGGAUUCUCGUGUUCUUUUCUUCUCAGUACACAGGCAUGACUUUGGAUGUUUUUAUCCUGGAACUGAUGAUGGCGAUCUUAGUAUGAUUGGAGAAGGACCAGGGGAGGGAUACAACAUUAAUGUGCCCUGGGAACAAGGUCGAUGUGGUGAUCCAGACUAUUUUGCUGCUUGGGACCACAUAUUGAUCCCCGUUGCUAAAGAAUUCAAUCCAGACAUGAUUAUAGUUUCUGCCGGGUUUGAUGCAGCUGUUCGUGAUCCUCUUGGCGGUUGCUGUAUUUCUCCAUAUGGCUACUCUGUUUUGCUGAGAAAGUUAAUGGAUUUUGCCCAAGGUAAAAUUUUACUUUCUUUGGAAGGCGGGUAUAAUCUUGAAUCUUUGGCAAAUUCCGCUCAUGCAUGUGUGCAAGUGUUGUUAGAAGAAAAGCCAAUUGAUGGAUCUUCUGAGGCUUAUCCAUUUGAAUCAACAUGGCGCGUCAUAGAAAAUGUUCGGCUAAAAUUGAGUGUGUAUUGGCCAAGCCUCGCCAAUGAAUUACCAAAAAAGCUAACAAGCCAGAAAGCGCCUGCAUCUCAGCUGCUGGUUGAAGUGAGCUCUGAGUCUGAAACUGAAGAUAUUGAGGAAGCUAUCAAGGAUAUUAUACAACCACUUUCAGCACUGAAAGUUGAUGAAGAUCAGAAGGAUGCUUCAGUCUCUUGGAGAGCUGAGCAGAAGCUAAUUGAUAUUUGGUAUGCAUCUUUUGGUUCAAAUAUGUGGAAACCGAGACUUCUCUGUUAUAUCCAAGGUGGACAGGUGGAAGGUAUGCAAAAGUCAUGUUCAGGUUCCAUGGACAGUAGCCCACCAAAAGAUGUCAUGUGGAAGUGUAUUCCACAUAGAUUAUUCUUUGGCCGUGAUUAUACUAAAACAUGGGGUCCUGGUGGAGUUGCUUUCCUUCAUCCUGAAAGUAGUGCAGUGGAAAAAUCUUAUAUCUGCAUGUAUAAACUUACGCUGGAGCAGUUUAAUGAUGUUUUGUUUCAAGAAAAUUCCUUAAGUUGUAAUGUUGAUGCUCCUUGGAUUACAUCGGAAGCUCUUAAUACUGUUAAAAAUACUGGAUCCUUCUCCAUUGCUGAGGGAGGUUGGUAUCGAAAUGUAGUCUUUUUGGGCGAGGAGCAGGGUGUUCCUAUCCUUACCAUGACGUGUGAUCUGCAUGAUGUACAGGCCUUCAAAUCUGCAAAAUUACCACGAUGUGCUCCUGGCAGUUUUUAUGCUAAUACCUUGAUCAGGGGACUGUCAGAAGGAGGACAGCUUUCAGAAGAAGAAGCAUUAGCUUACAUAAAAGAAGCUGCUGCAAGACCUCUCUGAUUCUAGAUGGAGCAGAUUCUUAAUUUAUUGUAAAAAUCAUUAUUUUGGAUAAUCAUUGAUUAGUGAUGAUGCAAAGUUGCUUGCACUAGAUUUUGUAAAUAUGUUGUGCCCUAAUUUGUAAAUUAGCUUGGCUACUUAAUUCUAUGCUACAGUACUGCCUCAGUGAUUGUUAUUGGGGGGCAUAUCAAUUUCUUAGUCCUAUGAACAUGUCAAAGUUCUUUGUAAGGAUGGAUCAGCAUUUCUGUUAAUUUAUUAUUAAUGAA